UCAGUUAUAUUUGUGUUAAUAAGAUUUUAUAGUGGAAAUUGAUUAAAAGUACACUUAAAAUCGGCAUGGAGAAUGCUUUUAUGUUAUCUGUGUCUGAUACAUUAAAAGCAUAUGGAGUAAAAGAAGAGUUUGGGCUUGAUAACACCACUGUUAAAAUACGACUUGAGAAAUAUGGUUUAAAUGAGUUGCCUGCUGAGGAAAGUAAACCAUUAUGGAAAAUGGUGUUAGAACAGUUUGAAGAUCUUCUUGUUAGAAUUUUAUUACUAGCUGCCGCAAUUUCAUUUAUAUUAGCGUUUUUUGAAGAUGGUGAAGAUCAAUUGACAGCAUUUGUUGAGCCUUUUGUAAUACUGGUAAUCCUUAUAUUAAAUGCAGUUAUGGGUGUAUGGCAAGAAAGAAAUGCUGAGUCUGCUAUAGAAGCUCUUAAGGAAUAUGAACCUGAUGAGGCAAAGGUAAUGCGUGAAGGUGAAAUUAAAGUUAUCAGAGCUAAGUUUCUUGUUCCUGGCGACAUAGUUCAUGUUUCAGUUGGAGACAAAGUUCCAGCAGAUAUACGCAUCACAAAAAUCAAGUCGACUGUUAUAAGAAUAGAUCAAUCUAUACUUACUGGUGAAAGUGUCAGUGUUGUAAAAUUUACUGAGGCAGUUCCAGAUAAGCGUGCUACCAAUCAAGAUAAAAAAAAUAUGUUAUUUUCAGGUACAAAUGUUGCAAGUGGAAACUGUGUUGGAGUUGUGGUUGGGACUGGUGUUAACACAGAAAUUGGAAAAAUUCGAGACAACCUUGCCGAGUCUAGUAAUGAAAGAACACCUCUCCAAGAUAAGCUUGAUGAGUUUGGGGAACAACUUUCUAAGGUAAUAACACUAAUAUGCAUAUCAGUAUGGGCAAUUAACAUAGGUCAUUUUAAUGAUCCGGUCCAUGGUGGAUCAUGGGUGAAGGGAGCUGUUUAUUAUUUUAAAAUUGCUGUUGCAUUGGCUGUUGCUGCAAUCCCAGAAGGUCUUCCUGCUGUCAUAACUACAUGUCUUGCUUUAGGUACACGGAGAAUGGCGAAAAAAAAUGCAAUAGUUAGGUCACUUCCCUCAGUUGAAACACUUGGUUGUACUUCAGUUAUUUGUUCUGAUAAAACUGGUACUUUAACUACAAAUCAAAUGUCUGUUAAUAAAUUUUUUAUUAUUUCACCUGAUCAAAAUUCAUUUACUCAUUUUGAUGUCACCGGAUCAACUUAUGAACCUACUGGAAGCAUAACUGUUGAUGGCAAGAAGAUCAAGUGCAAAGAUUAUGAGGUUCUUAAUGAGUUUGCAACAAUAUGUUCCUUGUGCAAUGAUUCUUCUUUAGAAUAUAACAAGGCCAAAAACAGUUAUGAAAAGAUCGGAGAGCCAACAGAAGUGGCUUUAUUUGUACUUGUGGAAAAGUUAAAUGUUAACGAAAUUGACUUAAAAAACUGUUCUGUUUCUCAACUAGCAAGUGCUUGUAAUAAAAAUCUAAGAGCGCAUUUUAGUAAGGACUUCACUAUGGAGUUUUCAAGAGAUAGAAAAUCAAUGGGCGUUUAUUGCAUACCAGCAACUAAUUCACACCAUUCACAUCCAAAGAUUUUUGUAAAAGGUGCUCCUGAAAGCUUAAUUGAGCGAUGCAAUUUUGUGCGUGUUGGCAAAGAUAAGAUUCCAAUGACAAAGCAACUUAGAGAAGGAAUUCUCCAACAAGUGAAUAUUUAUGGAACAGGUAAAGAUACAUUGCGAUGCCUUGCACUAGCUACAGUUGAUGACCCAAUAUCAAAAAAUGAAAUGGACCUCACAGACUCUAAAAACUUCAUCAAAUAUGAGUGUAAUAUGACCUUUGUUGGUGUUGCUGGAAUGUUGGAUCCCCCACGCACAGAAGUUCGUGAUUCCAUUAAAGAAUGUUAUGAAGCUGGUAUUCGAGUCAUUGUUAUAACAGGUGACAAUAAAAAUACUGCAGAAGCAAUUUGUCGACGAAUUGGCGUUUUUAGUGAAAAUGAAAGUACUAAUGGAAAGUCAUUUUCAGGACGUGAAUUUGAUGAAUUGUCAGAAGUCGAGCAAAGAGAGGCUUGUAGAAAUGCAAGAUUGUUUUCAAGAGUCGAACCUUCUCAUAAAAGUGCUAUUAUAGAGUACAUCCAAGCUGAUGGUGAAGUUGCAGCUAUGACUGGUGAUGGUGUUAAUGAUGCUCCUGCUUUGAAAAAGGCAAAGAUUGGAAUAGCUAUGGGCAGUGGAACAGCUGUAGCAAAGUCAGCAUCUGAUAUGGUUCUUGCUGAUGAUAACUUUUCUACAAUUGUGGCUGCUGUUGAAGAAGGACGAUCGAUAUACAAUAAUACAAAACAAUUUAUUCGCUAUCUCAUUUCAUCAAAUAUUGGCGAGGUGGUUAGUAUUUUUUUAACUGCUGCUUUGGGUAUGCCUGAAGCUCUAAUACCUGUUCAAUUGCUAUGGGUUAACUUAAUGACAGAUGGUCCUCCAGCCACAGCUUUAAGCUUCAACCCACCUGAAACUGAUAUAAUGAAAAAGCCUCCCAGAAGAGCAAAGGAACCUCUUAUUAGUGGAUGGUUAUUCUUUCGAUACCUUAUUAUAGGAGUUUAUGUUGGCAUAGCAACUGUAGCUUCAUCAGCUUGGUGGUUUAUGUUUUAUGAAGAAGGUCCACAAAUGAGCUUCUAUCAGUUAAGUCAUCAUAUGCAGUGUUCAUCGACUUCAGAACAUUUUGUAGGAAUUUCAUGUAAUAUUUUCAAAGACCUUCAUCCAAUGACAAUGGCUCUCUCUGUUCUUGUUACUAUUGAAAUGUUGAAUGCUUUAAAUAGUGUCAGCGAAAAUCAAAGUUUAUUAGUCAUGCCACCGUGGAAAAAUAGAUCUUUAUUAACUGCAAUUGCUGCUUCAAUGAUCCUGCAUUUUUUUAUAUUGUAUGCUCCCUUCAUGAAGCCAAUAUUUCGUGUAACUCCUCUUAAUUGGACUGAAUGGAAAGCAGUUUUAUACUUCUCCGUGCCAGUCAUUUUUAUUGAUGAAAUUUUGAAAUUUAUAACAAGAAACUUUAUGAUGCAAUCAUCAACACUAGUCAAAACAAAGCAAGAUUGAUUAGGGAUUAAAAAUAGUUUUGUACUGAAAAUCACUAAAUUAAAAAAUUCAAUUGAAUCGUGGCAUGUUUUAUAUUUCUUGGAUUCUUCAGAAUCAGCUGGUCUACCACUUCGAACGUUUAAAUGGAAAAUACUAGUUAUAUAAAUGACGAUGCACUUUUUGUUGCGCCAAGUUUAAUGUAAACAGCUGUAAUAAAUUUAAUAACUCCAAA